CAUGUCGACACCCAGCAACAUGAUGUACAGGGCCGUCAGUGUUUACUGGAUCUCUGUUCUCCUGGUGCCCAGUGUGGCUCAGCAGAUGUCAGCUCGUGUAGUUGGUGGCACAGCAGACGCAGGACGUCUAGAGAUAUGGUACGAUGGAACUUGGGGCACAGUGUGUGAGGAUGGAUUUGGACAGAGAGAUGCCUUGGUAGCCUGCAGGAUGCUGGGAUUUAACAGCACAACAGCAGUAGCCGUGGGGUCAGCCAAGUACGGAGCAGGCUCUGGUCCUAUUCUGUUCAAUGAACUGCAGUGUGUGGGGCACGAAACCAGCCUGGCGCAGUGUCCAUACUCGGAGCUCUACAGACACAACUGUGGACAUUGGGAUGAUGUCGGCGUCAUGUGCAACUUCAAUUCAGCUCAGCAGAUGUCAGCUCGUGUAGUUGGUGGCACAGCAGACGCAGGACGUCUAGAGCUAUUGUACGAUGAAACUUGGAACACAGUGUGUGGCUAUAGGUUUGGAACGGAGGAGGCCUUGGUAGCCUGCAGGAUGCUAGGGUUUAACAGGUAUGGGAUGAUACUCAUUACCUUUGAAAAGCUUUUAUCUCAUUUUUCUCCAGAGAAACACUUUUGUUUAAUAGGAGAAAUGUAUCCCUAUUAUAAGUUAGCGAAUAAACGAAAGUACAAAAUUUUUGAAGAUAAUCCCUGCCUUAAAAGUUUUUUUUAAAAAGUAACAAUAGGAGUAGAAGGUGACUAGACUGUACACCAGGAGGUACAAGAGAAGACCACGUACUUUAAAAAUCUUUCCUAUAAUAGCUAGAUAUUGUCUCUAGCAAUCUGAACAUAUUAUGGUACAACACUAAUGUUUAUCUCUUGAAUCACAGUUACCAAGAAACAUUUCUAGAAUUACUGCGACCUUUAUAAGUUUUAAUUGCUUCUAUAAUUGUAAUCUUUCA